AUGGCUGUGCUACUUGCAUAUGAUCUUGGUCUUACCAAAGCCCCUGUUGAAGAACAGUACUUCACAAUAUGUUUCAAGAUGUGGGGAGGACGACCCCCUCCACCUCGGUUACGCACUCAAGAAGAAAGGCGAGCUGUUGUGUCACUGUGGUUUUUGACUUCAGUCAUGUCGUCAUUUGUUGGCAAGAUGGACCCUCUUCAAUGGACACCACAUAUGAGUGAUUGUCUAGAAGCUCUCGAAAGAGACAAACUAUGGCCAUCUGACGAGCUUCUGGCUACAUUUGUCAGGUAUCAGCUUGUUGCAGACGAGGCACAGAAACUGCUCGUUCGAGAUGUCAUGGGCGAGUCAUCUUCGGCGCCCACGUACGUUUUCAGAAAGAGUUUGCUUGCCAAACUCCAAGCAGUCAGAGACGGAUUGCCAGCGAAUAUGCCUAUAAACCCGGUUUUGCGAGCACAUUCGCUCGCGACAGAGAUUCAAAUCAACUCCGUCGGGCUCUUUAUGCAAAACAUACCAGUCAAUCAGCGAAUUGAAAGCAUGUAUUCUUGCCUUCAAGCAAUUAGAUCAUGGUACGAUGUUUUCUUUGACAUACCUCCAGAAACUGUUCCGGGAGCACCCUUUGCAAUUUAUAUCCAGCUGUCGCAAGUUCAGAUUGCCCUCUAUCGACUUACCACGUCAGAAGAUCCUGCUUGGGACAAGGAGUUUGUCCGAAAUACGGCAGACUUGCUUGUACUACUGGACCAAGUCGUUGAAUUCUUCACACGGCUGGAUUCUGUCUAUAAGAUGAAAACAAAUGAAGGUGAAGAAACGGUGUUUGCUAUGGGGGCUAAGAUUAUGAACAACAUCCGAGUUUCAUGGGAACCUACACUAUCACGACACCUAAGAAACGCAUCUUCGAUACAGACAAAUCCAGGAGCAGAGCGCAGCGAGCCUAAUCUCAUCAGCGGCGACGAUGAAAAGACCGGAUCGCGUUCAGAUACACCAACCUUGAACGAACCCACGCAAGACGAGAAGCCGGAGAAGUCAGAAGAUGGCGAUGGCGAAGUCACAACAGAGGAGGAAGAAACUGAAUGGAUAUCGGGAUGGAAGCUUGCAAGCAUGAUGAUAUCCCUUACGCUUGCUGCAUUCCUGAUGCUGCUGGAUAUGUCCAUCAUCUCAACGUGGACGUUCUUAGCGCUGUUCUUCGUGUUCGAGGUUGGCAGUCUUGUUUGCGGCGUAGCUCAGUCGUCUACUAUGUUGAUUAUCGGCCGAGCCGUUGCUGGAAUAGGCUCUUCUGGUAUCCAAAAUGGUGCUCUUACUAUGAUUGCGAAGGCGGUUCCUAUUCAUAGGCGUCCAUCCCUCGUUGGUAUCAUCAUGGGGUUUGCUCAGCUGGGAAUCAUCAGUGGCCCUUUGGUAGGAGGCGCUUUCACUGAGUAUUCUACUUGGCGAUGGUGCUUUUACAUCAACCUUCCCAUCGGCGCCAUCUGUGCGGUUCUGAUUCUGUUCGUCCAUAUGCCUGAUCACCGAGCCAAUAGAGAUGAAAGCGCUAUGCAGAUUCUGAAAACGAAACUCGACUGGACCGGCUUCGUCUUGUUCUGUCCUAGCAUAGUGAUGUUGCUGCUGGCCCUUCAAUGGGGUGGUCUUGAGUAUCCCUGGGACUCUGCAACUGUCAUUGGACUAUUCUGUGGCGGCGGUGUUCUUUUCAUCAUUUUUGUAUACUGGGAGCAUCGCGUUGGCUCAGAGGCCAUGAUUCCUCUCCCAAUUGUACGCACCAGAGAGGUCUGGGCUUCGUGUCUGUCACAGUUAUUUCUCUUUUCUACGGUGAUGGUGGCAUCAUACUAUUUUCCUGUCUAUUUCCAAUCGGCUAAGAAUGCUUCACCUUUCACUAGUGGUGUCAAUCUUCUACCCAGUAUUCUCAGCGUUAUCUUCGCAGCUGUCGCGAGUGGCGCUCUUGCUCAAAGGGUUGGCUACUAUCUUCCAUUCGCCACAGCCAGCGGCGUCCUCUCUUCUAUCGGCUUUGGUCUGGCCUCUUCCAUGGGUCCCUACGCUUCCACAGCUACAUGGGCCGGUUAUCAGAUCUUGUUAGGUCUUGGCCGUGGUCUCGGUCUACAGAUGCCCAUUAUCGCCAUCCAGGCGAACACAAGUGCCGAUGUUACACCUAUAGCUAUGGCAAUCUUGACUUUCUCGCAGACUUUCGGCAGUGCAAUCUUCAUCACGGCUGCUAAUGUCAUUUUCACUCAUGAGCUUCGCAAUGAGCUUGUCCGAAGACUUCCCGAUAUCAAUGCUGACAUGAUCAUCGAUGCCGGUGCUGGAGCAGUCAGUGAAGUUGUAUCCGGAGCGGACUUACCACAGGUCUUGUGGUCAUACUCCAGAGGUGUACGUGCGACGUUUCUGCUUGCUGUAGGCACGUCUUGUGCCAUGGUUCUUACAUCUUUUGGAAUGGGAUGGAAGGACAUCAGGAAGAAGCCCGCCCCUUCCCCUGUCUCCGAUGAAGCUUGA